ACUACUGUCACCAUGGGUGAAACAGAAUUAUGGAGUGGUGUUUUCGAUCCCAUUCUCUCUGCUUUGUUGUUGGAUCCUGAUCGUAAUGUGUCAUUGAGAUGGACCAACGUUGUUCCAGAUGACGGUAGUGCUAGCGAAGUAGUCCGUGUGCAACCCGACGCAAUGAUUUGCGAGAUUGAUCAGCUUAGUUGGGGACGUCCAUUGGGAUACGGCGAGGCCAAAUUGGCAGAACCA